AUGGCAGACUAUCACUUUGUCUACAAAGAUGUUGAAGGAGCAUCAACUCAAUGGGAUGAUAUUCAAAGAAAACUCGGGAACUUACCUCCCAAACCCCCUGCCUUCAAACCUGAUCCUUUCACUCCUGCAGAAGAUGAAGAUUCCAAACCUAAAACCAAAUCUUGGAUCGAUAACAAGACAGAAGAAGAACUUGAAGAUUUAGAAGAUGAUCUUGAUGACAAUCGUUUCCUCGAAGAAUACAGGAGAAAGAGGUUAGCAGAGAUGAAGCAAACAGUGAAAGUUGCAAAGUUUGGGUCAGUCAUUCCCAUUUCAGGAUCCGAUUUUGUGCGUGAGGUAUCACAAGCUCCAUCUGAUGUGUGGGUGGUUGUUAUUCUCUACAAAGAUGGGUACCCAGAGUGUGGAGUUCUAAUGCAGUGUGUGGAAGAACUGGCAACAAUGUAUUCAGCUACCAAAUUUGUCAAGAUUAUAUCAACUGAUUGCAUUCCUAAUUAUCCGGAUUGUAAUCUUCCCACUGUGCUGGUGUACAAUAAUGGUGCAGUGAAGGCAAAUUAUGUUGGGUUGCAUACUUUUGGUAGGAGAUGCACUCCAGAAGGUGUUGCUAUGAUUUUGUGCCAAUCAGAUCCUGUUCUUAAUGAUGGGCUCAAUGGUGAAGCUUCUAGAGAAGCUGUUCUUGAAGGAGUGAGGAAAAGGUUUAUAGAGAAAGUGGUUACACUCCAUGAAAAUGAUGAUGAUGGGUCUUCAAGUGAUUAA